GGCGGGCUAACAACACAAACACAUGAUGUACGGACAGGGCAGGAGAUAGGAGAAGAGUUACAUAUUUUGGGGGAUGAAUAUGUUGCUUGUCAAAUAUUACGAUGGAUUUAACGGACUCUACUGACCCGUACAGCCGCCCAGCUCGAAGAACACAAUGGAUUGUCAGCACUUUGGCGUACCACUAUGGACUGGACAGAGGAGUAGAGAACGAGAUCAUUGUUUUGGCCACGGGGCUAGAUCAGUACCUGCAAGAGAUUUUUCACCACUUGGACUAUCAAGGGGCAGGCAAAAUUACAAUUGAAGAUUAUCAAAUCUUGUGUGAAGUUUUAGGUUUGAGCGAAGAUUCAGAACUCAGAGUUUUGGACAGUUUGCCCGACGAGCUCACUUUCAGACUCUUCCACGCCAAACUUUGUGGCUACUUCAGCACUAAGGCUGGCUGCCAGUAUGAGAAUGGCCGAUUGCUGGUGGGUAAAGACAGUGAGCACAUUGAGACUCAGAUACGUCUUAGAAGCCCUCUAAAGCGCAGGGAGAAACUGCUGUCCGUGGAGGGGAGCGCGUCUUGCUCCACGGAGCGUCAUGCCUCCGGCUGCAAACCAGGCUCCUGUACCCGGGAAUGCUACGAGGAAAUAGUGGCUCUGGAGGAGGCUGAGGACCGUAUUGCCAAGUUGGAGGAUGAGAACGCCAAUCUGAGAGAACUCAUUGAGGACAUGAGAGCUGCCCUACAGAGUAGUGAUGCGCGUUGUCUGGCUCUACAGGUGGGGCUAUGGAAAAGUCACUCCAGUCAUAAACAUGAGGAAGGUUGUUUUGUUGCCCAACAUAAGCAAACCUUCCAAAGCAGCAGUGUGAGGAACAAUAUGGCCACCCUGAAGAGCAUCAUUCAUGAGAUGGAGAUUCUCCGUGGUGCCAAAGAGCGGCAGGUAGAGGAGGCUCGACAGUGCGCCCAGAGGCUGGAGCAGGAGCUGUGGAGCUGCAGGGAGACAGUGGCUGCUCUAGAAGACUGUAACCGGGUUCUGAAGAGAGAACAAGGAGCCAUGAGGAGAAAGGUGGAAGAGGCCCGGCAAGCGCUGCUCAGUGCCCUCAGCAAAGUCAAAGAACUCGAGUCUCAAGCCAGCCACGUGCAAGUGCUGAAGGGACGCGUCACUCAGCUACAGACAGAACUGCAGUGCUACAGAUCGGAAUUACCAAAGCUGCCAAAUGUCAGCAGGACGGAACUACAGCAAAAUGAAACUCUGCUUGGACAGAGAUGCUGUUUGGAUUUUCAACAUGACCGCUGCUCACCAACUGGACGUGCUGUGACCACACCCGAUAAAAUGGAAGAGCAGCUGUACCGAUCUGUGGAAGGCCAGGCAGCCUCAGAUGAAGAAGAUGAUAAAUGGAAUGGAGACCAGCAGAAACAAGUGGACGAAGUCAAGAAGAUCCUGACCAGACUGUCCUGCUGUCGAGAGAGGUGUGACGACAAGGCUUUCCGAAGGCUCAUGUCUAACUUUGGGAGUUUUAGGAGUGAGGAGAGCUGCAGUGCUGUGGCAGAGCUCCUCCAGAGAGUGACCAAGUUACACAAACAGCUGGAGGAGAAGGAGAGCCAGACCCAAAUCCACAUGGACCAGUUGCAGGACUCCUUGGUGGAGGCGCUGCAGCAGAAAGCAGAGGAAACUGACCUCUUACAGAUGGAGCUGCAGAUGCUGGAAACGGAGAGGGUGCGCCUUUCACUAGUCGAAGACAAACUUAUGGACAUUCUUCAGCUCCUCCAGCAGCUUCGGGAACUAAAUGUGUCCCGGCGCUCUCUUGGGAAAAUCCUGCUCAGCACUUUGGGGUCUUGUAGCGACCCACAACAUGGAAAAGCUCACAUACUGGAGGUGCUGAAUGCUCUAUACCAUGAACUGGCUGCUUGUGAGGUUUUGUCCACAGGGGGUCCACUGACAAGAAGCCAAAGUCAGCAGUCUUUGAACGCCCUCAUCAUUACUUGCUGAUCCACGUCGCCCCCUACUGGACCGAAGAUGCGCCAACAUGUCUGUUUAAAUCAGACUUUUUUUUAUCGGACACUCAUGCCACAGUAACCCAAUAACACACAGUUAAAGGUUACUUAUGUAGAUUUGUACAUUUUGUAAACUUAUUCAUAAAGGCCUAGUUACCAUAACACAAUGAUGAAACAUAUAACCUAUAGUUAGAUUUGUAUUGCCUUUAUAUCUUUAUAUUUCUCACUUUUAGUUUUGUCUAGUGCACAACUUAUAAACAAUUUAAUAAAUAAA